CCGGCUCCUCCUCCCCCUGUGUGUGUAUGUGUGUGUGCAAAUUACAGCUAGCCUAACUGGUGAGAAACUUUGCAUACCGCUGUUUGUUUAGCUCAGAGUUAACAUUGGUCACGACGCUUGGCGGAAGAAAAGGAAAAAACUGUUACUCACGAUGUCAGCUUGUUGCCACAUUCAGGUUUAGUUUAACGAGCGACAUUAAUACAACAGGCGGAUGUGGCAGCUGUUAGCUGCUAGCAUAGCUAACAUCAACUUUGAGUAAUAACGGUAGUUGGAUUUGGAGUUCUGCCCAGAUCAAUCACCUUAAAUAAAAGCAGAUGAACUGUCAGGGUGAACAUACUGCUCCACUGAGGGUGUUGGUGACAGGAGGGUCGGGCUUGGUGGGCAGGGCCAUACAGCAUGUGAUCAAAGAGGAAGGCGGAGCCAAGGAGGGGGAGGAAUGGAUAUUCCUCUCCUCCAAAGAUGCCAACCUCAUGAACAUGGAGGAGACACGGGCCGUGUUUGAAAAACAUCGACCCACCCACGUCAUCCACCUGGCUGCUAUGGUUGGAGGGCUUUUCAAGAACAUGAAGUACAACCUGGACUUUUGGAGAAACAAUAUCUACAUCAAUGACAACGUGCUGCAGGCAGCACAUGAAGUCGGCGUGGUUAAGGUUGUUUCCUGCCUUUCCACCUGCAUCUUCCCUGAUAAGACCUCCUACCCUAUAGAUGAGACCAUGAUCCAUAACGGCCCACCUCACCAGUCGAACUUCGGGUACGCCUAUGCAAAGAGAAUGAUUGAUGUCCAUAACAGGGCGUAUUUCCAGCAGCAUGGGCAUUGCUAUACAGCUGUGAUUCCCACCAAUGUGUUUGGUCCACAUGAUAACUUCAGCAUUGAAGACGGUCACGUGCUGCCAGGCCUCAUACACAAAGCUUACAUUGCUCAAAAAGAGGGGAAGCCCCUGGUGGUCUGGGGCUCCGGCACUCCGAGAAGACAGUUUAUCUACUCUUUAGACCUGGCUCGUCUCUUCCUGUGGGUGUUGAGAGAUUACCCAGAGGUCGAUCCAAUCAUUCUUUCCGUUGGAGAGGAGGACGAAGUGUCAAUCAGAGAAGCAGCAGAAGCAGUUGUUCACGCUCUGGACUUUAAAGGAGAAGUGGUGUUUGAUACCAGUAAAGCAGAUGGCCAGUUCAAAAAGACAGCCAGCAAUGCAAAGCUGCAUCGCUACCUGCCGGACUUCACCUUCACACCCUUCACACAAGCUUUAAAGGAAACCUGUGAUUGGUUUGUUGCCAACUACGACUCAGCCCGGAAGUGAAAACUCUGUCGGACAAGUUGGAACAAAGUCUGUGAAUCCGAGCGCCGCCCAGUAGGAGAGAAGGUGGUGGUGGUGGCAGAGGUGGAGAAGGCUGCAAAGGUAGUGAAUGAAGUCUGUCUGGUUCUUUCACUCAGUGAGCUGGAAUGUCACUUUGAAUUCAAGUCUGCAACACCACCCAGUGUUAUGCUGUGAAUGUUGGCUUGUCUCUCUUUAGGUUAUAAAAAUGAUCUACCCUGUAUGUAGAAUUCUGUUCACUAUAGUAGUGUUAAGCACUUGAAUUAACUGACUGCUUCAAUCUUGCACAAU